AUGGGUUGCGUAAAACGAUUAAUAUUGUUUAUAGUAGGGCUUUAUUGCUAUAUAGAAAUGAAAGCAAAUAUCCUUAACCACCAUUCUGAUAUUUCUACCAUAUUUGUAAGAGCAAAAAAUAAUGAUAAAAAAAAUAUGUACCAGUUUUUAAUAAACGAUCAAAGUAAGAGAAGAAGUAAUAAUAAUGUGUGGGAAAAAGGGGAUUAUAUUGGAAAAAGUUUACAUGGAAAAAUAAAAAAAAAAAUGAAUUUUAAUUCACUUAGCAGUGAUGAAAAUAGCGAUUAUGAAAGCAUUCAAAAAAUAGAAACAGAUGAAGACAAAUAUAAUUUAAUAAAAAAUAUAAAAAAAUAUUGUGAAUGCACUAAACGGUAUAAAAGAUUGCCAACACGCGAAGUAAAAAUUGGAAAUAUAAAGAUCGGGGGAAAUAAUAGAAUUUCUAUUCAAACAAUGACAAGUUGUGAUACUCGAAAUGUCGAAGAAUGUGUUAAUCAAAUAAAAAGAUGCAAAGAUUUAGGUGCUGAUUUAGUAAGAUUAACGGUUCAAGGUGUGCAAGAAGUUGAAGCAAGCUAUCGUAUUAAAGAUAUGUUAUUAUCACAAAAUAUUACUAUUCCGUUAGUAGCAGAUAUACAUUUUAAUCCUAAAAUUGCUUUAAUGGCAGCAGAGGUAUAUGACAAAAUACGAGUUAAUCCUGGAAAUUAUGUUGAUGGGAGAAAAAAAUGGGUAGAUAAAGUUUAUAAAAAAAAAGAGUUUGAAGAUGGUAAAUUAUUUAUAAAAGAAAAAUUUGUACCAUUAAUAGAAAAAUGUAAGCAAUUAAAUAGAGCUAUAAGAAUUGGUACUAAUCAUGGUUCUUUAUCGUCAAGAAUGUUAUCAUAUUAUGGUGACACACCAUUAGGUAUGGUUGAAUCGGCUUUUGAAUUUUCAGAUUUAUGUAUAGAAAAUAAUUUUUUUAAUAUAGUUUAUUCUAUGAAAGCAUCAAACGCUUAUGUUAUGAUACAAUCAUAUAGAUUAUUAGUGGCUAAACAAUAUGAAAAGGGAAAUGAUAUAUUCUUCCCAAUACAUUUAGGUGUUACUGAAGCUGGAUUUGGAGAUAAUGGACGAAUAAAAUCUUAUUUAGGUAUUGGAUCAUUAUUAUAUGAUGGAAUAGGUGAUACUAUCCGUAUUUCUUUGACUGAAGAUCCAUGGGAGGAAUUACACCCUUGCAAAAAAUUGAUCGAAAAUUUAAAGAAAAGAAUAUUUUAUACAGAUCAACAAAAUUCGAAUUAUUUUACGGAACAGAACAAGGAAAACAAUAAUGCCACUACUAAUAGAAACAAUCGUUAUACCACGUUGGAUUUUCAUAAUUUCAAUGAAACAUUUAGAAAUUUUAAUAAUAUAGUAAAGAGACAAGUUGUCAAAAAAAAAAAUGUGCUACAUGAGGAAUGUACAAUAGGUAAUGCAGUUACUGUAAAAGAAUUAGAAGAUUCUUUACAAAUAUUUAAAGAUUUAAAUUUAGAAUUGGAUAAAAAUGGAAAUUUAAAAAAAGGUGCCAAAACUACUGAUAUAAUUAUUAUAAAUGAUUUUGAAAAUUUAACAAAUGUAGCAAAAAAAUCUGUUGAGAAAUUAAUGGAAGCAGGCUUACAUGUAUUAGUAGAAUAUGGACCAAAAUCUGUGGAGUUAAUUAAAAAUUUAAAAGUAAAUGAACUUAAUAAACAAAAUAUAUUAUAUUAUUCAACAUUAACAGAUAUAUUAGAUUUAUUAGAAAAAAAUAAAACAGAUGGAAUUGAACAGAAUAAUGUAAAAGGAUAUGCAAUCAUUUUAAAUGGAAAAGAAGAUAUUAAAGUUAUUGAAAAAAUUAAAGAUUUAAAUCCACAGCCUUUAUUUUUUAUAUUAAAAUCAGAUAAUAUAUAUGAACAUGUAUUAGUUACAAGAAGAUUAAAUGAAAUACUACACACUUUAGAUAUAGAUAUACCUUAUAUACAUUAUGCUAAUAUUGAUUCAAAUAUUUAUGAUGAUAUAUUAGUAAAUUCAACAGUAUAUGUAGGAACUUGUUUAAUCGAUUUAAUGGGAGAUGGAUUAAUUGUUAAUGUAACGGAUAAUAAUAUUACUGCAAAAAAAGAACAAAAUGAACAAAUAAAAACUAGAGUUGCAUUAAAUUCAUUUUUAACACUAAAUAUAUUACAAGAUACUCGUAUCCGACUAUUUAAAACAGAUUAUAUAUCAUGCCCUUCAUGUGGUAGAACAUUAUUUAAUAUACAAGAAACUACUAAAAAAAUAAUGAAAUUAACAGGACAUUUAAAAGGGGUCAAAAUUGCUGUUAUGGGAUGUAUAGUUAAUGGAAUAGGAGAAAUGGCAGAUGCCCAUUUUGGUUAUGUUGGAAGUGGGCCCAAAAAAAUAGAUUUGUAUUAUGGAAAAGAAUUAGUUCAUAGAAAUAUUCCCGAAGAAGAAGCAUGUGAUCGAUUGAUAGAAUUAAUUAAGAAACAUAACAAAUGGGAAGAUCCAUAA